AGGACUACGCUCUUCUGUCGCCGUUGUCAACUGCUGCGCUUCUAGGGUCACAUUGGCAUCAGGCCUUCCAAGUGCCAACGACGCGUCUACGAUAUGUCACGAUAUAGGCUCAGGUGGACAUCGCUGACACUGACUGCUAGCUUUGUGACGAGAGAAUAGGGAGACUCGAGGGUGUUAUCCAUGCGUUGCAGGCAGCAGCCCACCAGAAGGCUCGCACAAUGACCUCUCUGCAAGGCAUGAAUCAGCGGCUCAUCGCUGAAAAGACCUUGUUCGCGAACAAUGCGCAAACGUUGAAACCCGACAACAAGGAACUAACCAAGCAAUUAGCCGAGUCAUACACGGAGGCGCAAGCACUCAAGCAAAGCAUUAAGACGAUCACAGACAAGGCUGAGGUCACCGAAACUCUCGAUGAACGACCACAACCUAAAGCAAAUUGUACGCCGAAGCGUCCUUCGGUUCUAUGCAUUCAUUGCUACACACGAAGCAAAGCUUGCGACCGUGGUAGUCUAUGUAGAAAUUGCGCAAGGGUGAGCAGUCCAGCAUUUCCAAAUCCAUCUCACGGGCUCAGUAGUUGAUGUUCUUCAGGCCGAACGCACCUGUCAACGAGCUGUUUGCGAUAAUUUUCCGACUGGCAGUUGCUUGCGAAGUGUUUGCAU